AUGGCCGAGUGGGCGCCCGCCCAGGUGCAGGAGUGGAACGUGGAGGCCCCCCACCUGAUGCCGCUGCAACCGCCGCUGCUGCCGGAGCGGGCGCACGUGCGGGAGGCGCAGCUCCACUCCGCCGAGGCCUCGCUCUGGACCGUGGUGGCCACGGUGCAGGCGAUGGAGAGGAAGAUCGACCUCCUCGCCACCCGCCUGCUCAGCCUGGAGGGUCGGUCCGGCACGGCCGAGAAGAAGCUUCUGGACUGCGAGAAGACGGCCAUGGAGUUCGGGAACCAGCUGGAGAGCAAGUGGGCCGUGCUGGGCACCCUCAUCCAGGAGUACGGGCUGCUCCAGCGGCGCCUGGAGAACGUGGAGAACCUGCUGAAGAACAGGAACUUCUGGGUGCUGCGGCUGCCCCCCGGCCCCCGGGGCGAGGUCCCCAAGGUGCCGGUGACGUUUGUUGACAUUGCCGUCUACUUCUCGGCGGAGGAGUGGAAGAAUUUGGAGGAGUGGCAGAAAGAGCUGUACAAUAACCUGGUGAAGGAGAACUACGAGUCUUUGAUCUCCCUGGACGGUGCCCUCUCCAGAAGCGAGGCGCAGCCCCGCAGCGAGCGCGGGGAGGGACCCUGCGUCCCCGAGCAGAGGGAGCUGGAGCAGAGGGAGCUGCCGCCGGACGCCUGCGCGGAGUCGCUGAUCUCCACCUCCGACAUCCUGUCCCGGAUCAAGCAGGAGGUGGCCUUCGUGGGGGAGCAGCAGUUCGCGGAGGAGCGGGGGAUGCCGGCGGACCCCUGCGCAGGUGCGGAUGCCCUGAUCACGGCACACGACUUCUUGUCGUGGAUCAAGCAGGAGGAAGAGCCCUGCGUCCGUGAGCCCUGGGAGCUGCCGGAGAGGGAGAUGCUGACGGGUCCCGCUCCUGGUCCCGCCGGCGAGGGGCUGCUGGUGAAGACGGAGGAGCGGUGUCCCCACGCCGAGCCCCCCGAGGAGGUGGGCUUGCCGGGCGGCUCCGGGGAGCUGCUCUUCCCCGGCGCAGGCUUCGGGAGCCCCGAGGGACAGGCAGCAGUGGCGGCGGCGGCGGCGGUGGCUCUGCCAGCGCAGCACAGACUGGGCAAAGCCCCAGGCUCAGAGCCGGGGGCCGAGGCGGCAGGGAUCCCCACCGCCACGCCGGGACCCGCCGAGGAGCGGCCGCACGGCUGCGCCGAGUGCGGGAAGAGCUUCAGCGGGAAGAAGAGCCUGCGGAUCCACCAGCGGAGCCACGCGGCCGAGCGCCCUUACCCCUGCGCCGAGUGCGGCAAGAGCUUCAACUGCCACUCGGGGCUGGUGCGGCACCAGAUGAUCCACCGCGGCGAACGGCCCUACAAGUGCGCCGAGUGCGGCAAGUGCUACAGCCGCAAGGAGCACCUGCAGAACCACCAGCGGCUGCACACGGGCGAGCGGCCCUUCGCCUGCGCUGCCUGCGGCAAGAGCUUCAUCCGCAAGCAGAACCUGCUCAAGCACCAGCGCAUCCACACCGGCGAGCGGCCCUACCAGUGCCCGGCCUGCGGCCGCAGCUUCCGCUACAAGGAAUCCCUCAAGGAUCACCAGCGGGUCCACGGGGCCGAGGCGGGCCCCCCACCGCUGCCCCCCCCCGGCAUCAUGCCCCCCGGGGACUAG